AGUUCCAGCUAUCCACAGACAAGGCGAACAUUUCUCACACUACUAUGUCUCUCCGAUUUUCUAGUGGGUCCAGGCAUAUUUGCUUGCGGUCUGGAACUAGAUCUACCAGACCACCCAAUGGAGGCAUAGGCUUUGUAGAUAGCAAUGCAUAUAGCAGCUCGGGUGCCAGAAGUGGAUUUUCCUGUGCUUUGGGAGGGGGCUUGGGCAGCGUUCCUGCUGGGAACUAUGCUGGUGGUGCCCUUGGAAGUGCUGCUUGUGCUGGCUUUGCUGGAAGUGAAGGGGGACUCCUCUCUGGGAAUGAGAAGGUGACCAUGCAGAAUCUUAAUGACCGCUUGGCAUCCUACCUGGAUAAUGUGCACGCUCUGGAGGAGGCAAAUGCUGACCUAGAGAGAAAAAUCAAGGGUUGGUAUGAAAAAUAUGGCCCUGGAUCUUGCCGUGGACUUGAUCAUGACUACAGCAGAUAUCACCUAACAAUCGAAGAUCUUAAGAAUAAGAUUAUCUCUUCCACUACUGCAAAUGCUAAUGUCAUUCUGCAGAUUGACAACGCCAGACUGGCUGCUGACGAUUUCCGGCUAAAGUAUGAAAAUGAGCUCGCCCUCCACCAAAACACAGAGGCCGACAUCAAUGGGCUACGGCGAGUCCUGGACGAACUGACGCUCUGCAGGACUGACCAGGAGCUGCACUAUGAAUCCCUGAGUGAAGAGAUGACCUAUCUCAAGAAGAACCAUGAAGAGGAGAUGAAGGCUCUGCAGUGCGCGGCCGGAGGCAACGUGAACGUGGAGAUGAACGCGGCGCCAGGCGUGGACGUCACGCUUCUGCUGAACAACAUGAGAGCCGAGUACGAAGGCCUGGCCGAGCAGAACCGCAGGGAUGCGGAGGCCUGGUUCAACGAAAAGAGCGCCACCCUGCAGCAGCAGAUCUCCGACGACGAGGGCGCGGCCACCUCGGCCAAGAGCGAGCUGACCGAAAUGAAGCGCACUCUGCAGACCCUGGACAUCGAGCUGCAGUCCCUCCUGGCGACGAAACACUCCCUGGAGUGCUCCUUGACCGAGACCGAGAACAACUACUGCGUGCAGCUGGCCCAGAUCCAGGCGCAGAUCGGAGCCUUGGAGGAGCAGCUGCACCAGGUCAGAACUGAGACCGAGGGCCAGAAACUGGAGUACGAGCAGCUCCUUGACAUCAAGGCCCACUUGGAAAAAGAAAUUGAGACCUACUGCCGCCUGAUCGAUGGAGACGGAAACUCAUGCUCCAAAUCAAAGGGCUUUGGAUCAGGAAGCUCAGGAAAUUCAUCUAAAGAGUUAUCCAGAACCACACUGGUAAAGACGGUGGUUGAAGAGAUAGAUCAACGUGGCAAAGUUCUUUCGUCAAGGGUUCAGUCCAUAGAAGAAAAGACAUCCAAAAUGACCAAUGGCAAGAUAGAACAGAGGGCUCCUUUCUAACUGUUAUUUUUGAGAAAAGGAUCAUUUGGGGAAAGAGCAUGCAAAACUGCUUUCUUCUAAAUAUCCAGGAGAUAAUAAAAACACUUUCUACUCUUAGAGAUAAGUUACUUACCUGUUUUCUUAGUUACCUUUUAUAGGAAGUUGGGUGUUUGUUUUCAAAUAAAUAAGAAA